GGCGGCGGCGGCGGCGGCGGCGGUGGCGGCGGCGGUCGGGAGGAGUCGCCCGGGCAGAAGCCGCACUUGUUAGUGUUGGGGGAGGAGGGGGCCGGGACGCCGACACCGUCAGCCGGCGACGCCGCGAAGGAGGCGGGAGGGGGGUGGGGGCGAGGCCAGGCUCCGACCCCCGGCCGAGGGGAUGAGGGGAGCAUGGGCGCCAAGGAGUCACGGAUCGGAUUCCUCAGCUACGAGGAGGCGCUGAGGAGAGUUACAGAUGUAGAGCUGAAACGACUCAAAGAUGCCUUCAAGAGGACCUGUGGACUCUCAUAUUACAUGAGUCAGCACUGCUUCAUCAGGGAAGUGCUCGGGGAUGGAGUGCCUCCUAAAGUUGCUGAGGUGAUUUACUGUUCUUUUGGUGGAACAUCCAAAGGGCUGCACUUCAAUAACUUAAUAGUUGGACUCGUGCUCCUUACGAGAGGCAAAGAUGAAGAGAAAGCAAAAUAUAUUUUUAGUCUUUUUUCAAGUGAAUCUGGGAGCUAUGUUGUACGGGAAGAAAUGGAAAGAAUGCUCCAUGUGGUGGAUGGCAAAGUCCCAGAUACACUCAGGAAGUGUUUCUCGGAGGGUGAAAAGGUGAACUAUGAAAAAUUUAGAACUUGGCUUCUUCUAAACAAAGAUGCUUUUACCUUCUCUCGCUGGCUGCUGUCUGGGGGUGUGUAUGUGACCCUCACUGAUGACAGUGACACUCCUACUUUCUACCAAACUCUGGCUGGAGUCACACACUUGGAGGAAUCAGACAUCAUUGAUCUGGAGAAACGCUAUUGGCUACUGAAGGCUCAAUCCCGUACUGGACGUUUUGAUUUGGAAACCUUUGGCCCAUUGGUUUCACCACCUAUUCGCCCUUCUCUGAGUGAAGGUUUAUUUAAUGCUUUUGAUGAAAAUCGUGACAAUCACAUAGACUUCAAGGAGAUAUCCUGUGGGUUAUCAGCCUGCUGCAGGGGCCCCCUAGCUGAAAGACAAAAAUUUUGCUUCAAGGUGUUUGAUGUUGACCGUGAUGGAGUUCUCUCCAGGGUUGAACUGAAAGACAUGGUAGUUGCACUUUUGGAGGUCUGGAAAGAUAACCGCACUGACGAUAUUCCUGAAUUACAUAUGGCUCUGUCGGACAUUGUAGAAGAUAUAUUGAAUGCACAUGAUACCACAAAGAUGGGCCAUCUUACUCUGGAAGACUAUCAGAUCUGGAGUGUGAAAAAUGUUCUCGCCAAUGAAUUUUUGAAUCUCCUCUUCCAGGUAUGUCACAUAGUUCUGGGGUUAAGACCAGCUACUCCAGAAGAAGAAGGACAAAUUAUUAGAGGAUGGUUAGAACGAGAAAGCAGGUAUGGUCUGCAGCCAGGACACAAUUGGUUUAUCAUCUCCAUGCAGUGGUGGCAACAGUGGAAAGAAUAUGUCAAAUACGAUGCCAACCCUGUUGUGAUUGAGCCAUCAUCUGUUCUAAAUGGGGGAAAGUUUUCGUUUGGAGCAGCAGCACAUCCUAUGGAGCAGGGAGAAGAUAGAAUCAGUAACAACCUCAGUUAUGUGAAUACCACAGAAGAGAAAUACUCAGACAACAUUUCUUCUGCAUCUGAAGCCUCAGAGUCUACUGGCAGUGGCUUUCUAUAUUCUGGCACACCAGGAGCAGAUAUGUGCUUUGCAAGGCAACAUAAUACUUCUGACAAUAACAACCAGUGUUUGCUAGGAGCCAAUGGGAAUAUCCUUUUGCACCUUAAUCCUCAGAAGCCAGGAGCUAUUGAUAACCAGCCACUAGUAACUCAAGAACCAGUAAAGGCUACAUCUUUAACAUUAGAAGGAGGGCGAUUAAAGCGAGCUCCACAGCUACUCCAUGGAAGAGAUUAUGAAAUGGUCCCAGAGCCUGUAUGGAGAGCACUUUACCAUUGGUAUGGAGCAAACCUGGCCCUCCCUCGACCAGUAAUCAAGAAUAGCAAGACGGACAUCCCAGAACUAGAAUUAUUUCCUCGCUAUCUUCUUUUCCUUCGACAGCAGCCUGCCACACGGACACAGCAGUCUAACAUCUGGGUGAAUAUGGGAAAUGUACCCUCUCCAAAUGCGCCUCUAAAGCGGGUGUUAGCCUAUACUGGCUGUUUUAGUAGAAUGCAAACCAUCAAGGAAAUUCAUGAAUAUCUGUCUCAAAGGCUUCGCAUCAAAGAGGAAGAUAUGCGACUAUGGCUAUACAACAGUGAGAACUACUUGACUCUUCUGGAUGAUGAGGAUCAUAGGUUGGAAUAUUUGAAAAUCCAAGAUGAGCAGCACCUGGUAAUUGAAGUUCGAAACAAAGAUAUGAGCUGGCCUGAAGAAAUGUCCUUUAUAGCAAAUAGUAGCAAAAUAGAUAGACAUAAAGUUCCCACAGAAAAGGGAGCCACAGGUCUGAGUAACCUGGGAAACACAUGCUUCAUGAACUCAAGCAUCCAGUGUGUUAGUAACACACAACCACUGACACAGUAUUUUAUCUCAGGGAGACAUCUUUAUGAACUCAACAGGACAAAUCCCAUUGGUAUGAAAGGUCAUAUGGCUAAAUGCUAUGGCGAUUUGGUGCAGGAACUUUGGAGUGGAACUCAGAAGAAUGUUGCCCCAUUAAAGCUUCGGUGGACAAUAGCAAAAUAUGCUCCCAGGUUUAAUGGGUUCCAGCAACAAGACUCCCAAGAACUUCUGGCUUUCCUCUUGGAUGGUCUUCAUGAAGAUCUCAACCGAGUCCAUGAGAAGCCAUAUGUGGAACUAAAAGACAGUGAUGGACGACCCGACUGGGAAGUGGCUGCAGAGGCCUGGGACAACCAUCUAAGGAGAAAUAGAUCAAUUGUUGUGGACUUGUUCCAUGGUCAGCUAAGAUCCCAAGUGAAAUGCAAGACAUGUGGGCAUAUAAGUGUCCGAUUCGACCCUUUCAAUUUUUUGUCUUUGCCACUUCCAAUGGACAGUUAUAUGCAUUUAGAAAUAACAGUAAUUAAAUUAGAUGGUACUACCCCAAUACGAUAUGGACUAAGACUGAAUAUGGAUGAAAAGUACACAGGUUUGAAAAAGCAGCUAAGUGAUCUCUGUGGACUUAAAUCAGAACAAAUCCUUCUUGCAGAAGUACAUAGUUCCAACAUAAAGAACUUCCCUCAGGACAACCAAAAAGUUCGACUCUCAGUGAGUGGAUAUUUGUGUGCAUUUGAAAUUCCCAUUCUUGCAUCUCCAGUCUCAGCAUGUAGUCCAAUACAAACAGAUUGCUCCUCUUCUCCAUCUACAAAUGGACUGUUCACUCUGACUACCAAUGGGGACCUGCCUCGACCUAUAUUCAUCCCCAAUGGAAUGCCAAGUACAGUUGUACCAUGUGGAACUGAGAAGAACGUCACAAAUGGAGUGGUGAAUGGUCAUAUGCCACCUCUUCCUGAUGACCCAUUUACAGGCUACAUCAUUGCAGUCCAUCGAAAAAUGAUGCGGACAGAACUGUAUUUCCUGUCAUCUCAGAAGAAUCGCCCCAGUCUCUUUGGAAUGCCACUGAUUGUGCCUUGUACUGUGCAUACCCGGAAAAAAGAUCUCUAUGAUGCAGUUUGGAUUCAAGUAUCUCGAUUGGCCAGUCCUCUCCCACCUCAAGAAGCUAGUAACCAUGCACAGGAUUGUGAUGACAGCAUGGGCUAUCAGUAUCCAUUCACCCUCCGAGUUGUUCAGAAAGACGGAAAUUCCUGUGCCUGGUGCCCGUGGUAUAGAUUUUGCAGAGGCUGUAAAAUUGAUUGUGGAGAAGACAGAGCUUUCAUUGGAAAUGCCUGUAUUGCUGUGGAUUGGGACCCUACAGCCCUUCACCUCCGCUAUCAAACAUCACAGGAAAGAGUUGUAGAGGAGCAUGAAAGCGUGGAGCAGAGUCGGCGAGCACAGGCUGAGCCCAUCAACCUGGACAGCUGUCUCCGUGCCUUCACAAGUGAAGAGGAACUGGGGGAAAAUGAGAUGUACUACUGCUCCAAGUGUAAAACUCACUGUUUGGCAACUAAGAAGCUGGACCUCUGGAGGCUUCCUCCAAUUCUGAUUAUUCACCUUAAACGAUUUCAGUUUGUAAAUGGACGGUGGAUAAAAUCACAGAAAAUUGUUAAGUUUCCUCGUGAAAGUUUUGACCCUAGUGCUUUUUUAGUACCAAGAGACCCAGCUCUUUGCCAGCAUAAACCACUCACACCCCAGGGGGAUGACAGCUCUGAGCUAAGGAUUUCAGGAGGAGAUGUGAAGAAAGUGGAUGUCCAGAGCUCAGCAGGGGAGGAGGAUGUGCUCCUGAGCAAGAGCCCAUCUUCACUCAGUGCAAAUAUCACCAGUAGCCCAAAAGGUUCACCUUCUUCUUCAAGAAAGGGUGGAGCCAGCUGUCCCUCCAGCAAAAACAGUAGCCCUAACAGCAGCCCACGGACUUUGGGGAGGAGCAAAGGGAGGCUCCGGCUUCCUCAAAUUGGCAGCAAAAAUAAGUUGUCGAGUAGUAAGGAAAAUUUGGAUGCUAGCAAAGAGAAUGGGGCUGGACAGACAUAUGAACUGGCUGACACCUUAAGCCAAGGACAUGUGUUGGGAGGCAGCCAGCCUGAGCUGGUCACUCCUCUGGAUCAUGAGAGCACUUUGGCUAAUGGAUUCCUUUAUGAGCAUGAGGCAUGUGGCAAUGGUUAUAGUAAUGGUCAGCUUGGAAACCACAGUGAAGAGGACAGCACUGAUGACCAAAGAGAAGAUACUCACAGUAAACCUAUUUAUAAUCUAUAUGCAAUUUCGUGCCAUUCAGGAAUUCUGGGUGGGGGCCAUUAUGUCACUUAUGCCAAAAACCCAAACUGCAAGUGGUACUGUUACAAUGACAGCAGCUGUAAGGAACUUCACCCUGAUGAAAUGGACACCGACUCUGCCUACAUCCUUUUCUAUGAGCAACAGGGGAUAGACUGUGCACAAUUUCUGCCAAAGAUUGAUGGCAAAAAAAUGGCAGACACGAGCAGCAUGGAUGAAGACUUUGAAUCCGAUUACAAGAAGUACUGUGUGUUACAGUAAAGCUACCGCUCUAGCUGCUAGAUGGGCUGGUGGUAAGGAAGGUGAAUCCUUGUAGGUGACAUUGGCAGAAUCGUCACUGAAAAGCAGGCUAAAUGUAGUUAUUUUAUCCUGUGACCUGAAGCACAAAAUAAAAAUCCUAACUAAAAUAGCAGUCAACUUUAAGAAUAGUAAUAAUUUUGUUUUGAAGUCUCUCACAAGCUGUCCAAUGGAGGACUUUCAGGCAGACCCCACCAUUAGCCUGUAAACAAGAGGGUUUGGCACCAAUCACCUGGGACCAAUUAAGAAUUUAAUGUGCUUGUCCAGAUAAUGAACAAACUUGUAGUGAGUAUAGAAUUUACCAAUAAUCAUAACAGGAUACUAAGGAUUUCCUUGGAAUCAAAGUAAAAAAAACAAAAGUUGAAAUGUUGUCUGGGGACGACAUGAUAUGCUACCUCCUUUUCCCUGAAGUUUCAUUCCAUUGUAUUGACAAAUGGAGAAAGCAAGAUCAUGCAGGGCUGCAGAUGAUUCUUACAGUGUGGACACAGAGUUUUCAAUUUUUGAACCAUUUUCCUGUUCUUUCUAUGUCUUUUUUUGCUUUUUGUUCUUGUUGAGUUUGUGUUUGAAACAGUGAUUGGUGGCAGAAGCUAUGGUGGUUGGUCUGAACCCAAGUGUCCCUAAGACCACGUGCCUUUUACCCAGUCUCAGCACAGAGACCCAGGAGAAGGCCAGCCCAGGUGGCCCUCCUGUGGAGGCUUCUCUAGGAUACUUGAAGUGUCCCCACUGGGGCACUGCUGGGUGUGGCAGCUGCCAGGGUUUGCACCAUAGUCCCAUGCAUAUGUUGCACAAAGAGUUUCUAGGAAGGUAUGCAAAAGCCAGACGUGUUUCCUGUUAGUGGUGGGUUUUUGUUCUUUGCUUCUCGUUUUUUGCACUUUAAAAGAGAGAACACAUGCAAACAAUUGUGCUUGUUCUUUAAUGGCUCUAAGGGCUAUCUAUACAUGAACUCCACCAGAGUGUAAAUUUCAAAACAAGACUACAUCCGACAUUGAUAGUUUGUAGUAUUGCUAACGAAGCUGCGGGGUUAGGAAGCAGCUCCAGUUGUUUGCAUGUCCACUCCUCCAAAAAUUACAUUUCUUUGCUCACUUUUUUCUAAUUAUUCAAAACUGGAACAAAAGUACAAAUGUCAUUUAUUUCUGGCAGCAUUUUUCCUGUGUUAUGUUUUAAUAUGUAGUCAAGGGAAUUCUCACUUUAUUUUUGGUCUUUUUUUAAAAAACCACGGAGACCCUGGAAGUUGAUUCUCAUUUGUUGUCAGAUCCUGUUACCCUCCCUUCCCCAUGACAGUAAAUACCAGUGCAGUUAGUGUUUGUGUUCUGAGAACUGAGACCAGUGAGCAAGCGCCUAGUUUCAGUAUACUUGAAAAAGUUGUCUAAAGCAGCUGCCUAGGCUGACAUCCUUUCAGAAGAGUGAGUGUACUUAAAAGGAAGGAAUGGCCUGAGAGGAGUGAUGUAAUGAAGUCACAAAACGCAUACUUCGUAGAGUCAAGGUUUUCAUGUAUGAAAUUGUCCACUCCUACCUGGACAAGUCCCCUGAAAAAGUGGAAGAUUUUCAAUAAUUUCCUUACAGAUGUUUUAGUUGAGCAGGUAGCACAAUCUACUAAUGUUGUUUGAUCUGUGUUUGUUAUAUUGGUUGUAAUUAAUUUUUUAAAUUCAAGAACUAGCAGAAAAUUUAUUAAAUUAACUAUUAACUACAUUCACCUUGUAAAUUUCUGUAUAAAACUUGUUGACAAUGCACUGACUUUAGGAGGACGUUGAUGUACAUAGAGUGUAAAUAAGAUAGUGUUGAUGUACUGAAUAUGAGCUGUAUAAAAAAGUAUUGGUCAUUGUAUAUGGCGUGUACCUGUUUAUCUGUAACUAUUACCCAAACAAAUUAAAUACUGCAGAUGUCCA